AUGUAUGACCAAAAUAACCCUUUGCAAGUAAUACAGCUUAGCGGUAACAAGGUCAAUUAAGGAUAAAACAUGACUUAUGAAUGCUAAUUAUCGACAUUGUUGGGCUACGGAAUAAAUAGAGCAUAUGUUGGAGUUGAUAAUUUUGGCAACAAAGUAGCUAUAAAAGAACAUCACAAUGAAGAAGCGAUGAAAAAAGAAAUUUAAAUAUUAGAAUAACUCAAUCAUCCAAAUAUAGUGUAAUAUUUAGAUUCAUGCAAUUUAUUCCAUUAAACCAAUCAAUAUCAUUCAGAAUGGAAUGGUUAUAUCUGCAUGGAAUUAGGUAUCUACGAUUUGUGUACAUACAAACAAAAAAAAUUUUCAAUUGGCAAGGAAUUAGUAGAUUAGAUGUUGAGUGCAUUAGCUUAUUUAUAAAAAUAAAAAAUAGCCCAUUGCGAUAUUAAGCCUUAAAAUAUUCUAGUUAUGUAAACAAAUCCUAUUGUUUUCAAAAUAUGCGAUUUUGCAUCUAGCAAACUGGAAGAAUCAGAAUUGACAGAAAGAUCAGAAAUACAAAAAGCUUAAAAAGAAUAAACACGAUCAAAAAAAUAGAAGAAAUCAUAUGAAAAAAGUUUUGUUUAGAUUGGGACUAAUUAAUAUAUGUCUCCUGAAAUGAUCAACAAAAAUGUCUAAAACUAUUACUUAUCUGAUGUUUUUUCUUUGGGAUUAGUGUUUUUAUAUGUUUUUAGGGAUUACAGUCUGAAUUAAGUAGACAGAGAAUUACUAAAAGAAUAAAAAUUUAGUUAAGAAAUACAAGAUAAAAUAAAUGAAAAUGAAGAUGAUAUUCAAAGAAUUCUAAAUUAAAUGAUUUAAUUUGAUCCUCAAGAUCGAUUAGACUUUGUAAAACUUCUGGAUUUUUGGAAUCAAAAUAAAAAGAAAGUCAAAAAAUAAGAAUAUAAAUUGACACCUGUUAGAAUGAAUAGUACAGAAUCAAGAUUUUUAACGAUUUAGCAAAUUCAGAAUUAGAGAGCACAGGUUUUCAGACUACCUUAAUUAAUAAUUAAGAGAGGCUAAAGAAAUUAAUAUUCUCAACAUUAUUAAAGUUCAACUCCUUAAAAAGAUAAUUUAACUAUUGAUAGGGUUGGACACUCGUAUUCAAAACCAAAAAAAUUGUAAUAACUCUCUCCCUCUAAUAAUUAUUUUAUAAAGCCUCCUAAAACUCCUCUUAAAUCAAAAACUUCAAGUCCUACAAAGAGUAUGAUGAGUAAUAAAUUAUAAUAAACUCAGCAUAAAGAAGAAAAAAAUACUUUUUCUAUAAAGUUAAUUUAAGGAAUAUGA